AUGAAUUUGAUUUUUUUGCUCCUAAAAUCUUGUCAAAAUUUUGAUUUUGAGGACCUAUCAGAUGCAGAUUCUGAUGUCCUUGCACAAGCAUUCAUGGAGCGUUGUUUAGAUCAAGGCGGAGAAGAAAAUCAUUGUCGAGAAAAAACUAUUGAAAUGUUCGGUACUGCAGGUAAUACAAGAAUAGAUAUCCAUCUUCGUGGUGGCUUAGACACAUCCGAAACCGGUGGUGUCUCUGAAAUUAUUUCAAAGGGCAAAAGAGAUUUACGCUCAAGAACUGUUCCUAGAUCAGAAUGUACUAAACCACACACAAUAUAUUACGGUGGACAAUGUCACUGUCGAAUAUUUUACGAUUUUGGAGAUCCGAUUGAUUCUGGCUGCUGGCGAUGCCGUCCACGAUGCCAUAACCGUGCAACUUGCACAAUGCACAGAGGAUGUCAAUGCAAUAAUUUCACUCUUGGCGAUGGAUAUCGAAGAUGUGAUACUAAUAUCCCAACAAUAGUUCGUUCAUAUUCUAAACCAGACAGAAAGACGAUAUUUGUUACCAUCAAACCAGUUCCAUGGGAAUCUCCCAAGACAGUUUUUUGUAGAUUCAACAAUAUUAUUGUUGAAGGAACAUUACUCUCGAAUACAACAGUUAAAUGCGUCAGAAAGAACAAGAAGAAGAAAAAUACUAAGGUUGACAUAUCAUGGGAUUCAAUAACUUUUACGAAGCAAAAAGUUUUAGUUAGCGAUAUAGAGGAAGUAGAUUCUGAUUUUGCUCCACUUAUACUUAUUGUUGUUGUUAUGUUUGUUUUGUUAGCUUUCUAUUUCAUUUUCUUAUACAAGCGGAAAGAAAGCAAGGAGAAAGAUUUUGAUAGAAUGAUAAGCGCUUUUGAGCAGAAAGGAAAGCUGUAA